CCCACGGCGCCCCUCCCCUCACGGCGCCCCUCCCCCCACGCUUCCGCCCACUCUGCGUGGUCACGUGCCUCCCUUUCGCGUCUCGAGUUUUAUCAACUGAGAAUCACGAAGUCUUUCGACUGCGUGAGGAAUCCGAUUAGCUGUGAAGAUCUUUCCACAGGCGUCCAGUAGGGGCACGGGGGCUAUGUUGUCCCUCCGCUGCUUGGUGAUGGGUCUCCGCGUGUGCCUGUGCAGGUCGUGGGAGAUUCGUUCGACAAAGCUUCACGCCGGUGGGAAACCCCUGACAAGCCGAGCCCAUCGUGAUGUGGCUGGUUCUCCUGUGAUGUCACUAAGCCCCACCCAUCAUCUACCAUCCAGGAGUGCACAUGGAAACAGAGGUAUGCAGGGCAGUGACAGCGCUGGCGUGCAGGUGGAGAGCCGGCCAAAGGGACAGACUCACAAGAAAAAGAAGAAGAAGAGGCAGAGUGAGGUGGUAAAUCUUCUGGCCGAGCUGCCCUUCCUUCACACCGACAUCUCCGCAGAGUUCAGCAUCAAAGAGCAGCACCAAGGAAAGAGGAAACGAAAAGGAUGGGAGAAUGAGAGGAAGGGAGACGCAGCCGACACUGAUGAACAGAAGCGGAGACCAAACUACUUUGUGGCGAUUCCCAUCACCAACAACAAGGUGGCAGCUGGCGUCCAGGCCGUCCAGGAGGGAGUGGUGCAGCGAGACCCUAGACUGAUGCCGGCGCUGAUUCCCGUUGCCACGCUGCACAUCACCAUGCUCGUGGCUCACCUUGCCACGGAGCAGGUUAGCAAUGCUGUAAGCGCCAUGGAGCUCUGCCAGAAGAAGUUGAGAACUCUUGUGCCAGGACCACCGGUGGUGCUACCAUUUGAGGGCAUUGGAGACUUUAAAAAUGAGGUGGCAUUUGUCAAAAUAUCUGAUGGACACCACAUGUCCAUACUCAAUGAGAUUGCAGAAACGAUCCAUACUUGCUUUGAAGAGAAAGGCAUUGCUGUGGCAGAUGGAAAAGCCUUUAAGCCUCACCUUACUUUCAUGAAAUUGUCAAGGGCUUCAAAGCUAAGGCGCCAGGGCAUCAGGAAGAUCGACCCGAGCCUCUAUGAAGACUCGAAAGAGGAGUCCUUCGGGGGGGAGCUGCUACAUCGGCUCGACUUGUGCGCGAUGCUGAAGAAGAAACAGCUCAGUGGCUUCUACCACUGCGAGGCCACAAUAGCUAUUGGUAAGUGUUGUGCUCACACACGUUCACCAUGAUGGAAGAUUCGGCUAACUCUCGCUUUACCUGUGGCUACAUUAUCCGACUUGUGGGUUCACCUCGCUUGUCAAAUGAACUAUCUAUGGGUGCGUUCAUCAAUUCCAUCACUAUUACGAGCUGCUCCUCGUGCGUUAAGGGGCAGUGAAUCGGUGCCCUUGUGACGUCUUGACGUUUGUAGGUAAAUGUAAACGUGUUAUUUUAACAAUUUAACAAAAACAAUGUUUUCAUUAUUAUUUUUGAGGAUUUCCCCCCGGUUAACUGUGUGUAACGUGUUUUCUGCAUUUCACUGUAGCGUUAAAACCUCAUUCUGCAUCUUCACCAACAUUCCACAUAAGUAAACAAUACGUAUUGAGAGGAAGACCUCACAGAGAAUGACUUGAUGACGACAUAGGAGUUUGGUGCCAGAAAGAUAUGGCACUACUUGAGCAUAUUGGCACAAGACAGAGAAGAGUGGAAACAAAUAACGAAAUAUCGCAGUGGACACCUAAUGAGCUACCUGCCUAUGGAUCGUGAUGCUGAUGAUGACGUAUAUUUUACAGGGUAGUUGUACAUGUGUUUGGCUUUAUCUUUGUUUAUUCUUUUAUUGGGUCAUCCAUCCACCCCCAUUACCUUGGAUAACUGAGCGUUAACCAUAUUGCACACUGUUAGAGAAGCAGCUGCAUGUGAAGGAUGCUAAUUUUAGGCAGAUAUACCGGGUUUCAAACAGUGGCUUGUUUUGUUGUUGCUUCAGCACCCCUGGCAUUUAACAUCAGUUUGCCACUUUGCAAUGUUAGAAUAAUCGUGAGAACACGUGUGGAUAUAAGAGUCUCUUUAGUUUUUGAAAUUAUUAUUUAAAUUCCAAGCUGUUCUACCUCUCUCCCUAUGUUAGAAUAAUUCACUGAAACGGCAAAACACUGCACAUUGAUCGUGGGUGACUUCCUUCCCAUCACGUUAUUUCCAGAGAACAGCCACACAAGCCAGAUGGUCUGAAUAGCCCACUCUAAUCAUGUCCUUAACAGCCCUAAUGGAUGUUGACACCACGGUAUGAUUUCUGGUAUCUGCCCAUUGAGUGUCUUAGCCAAGCAUCAGUGGUACUCUAUUUCAGACAAGUGAUAGAUUUUCUCACGCAAGAUUAUUCGGUUUGAGGCUGCCAGCUGGGUGCCUUUCAGAACCGGCGAUUGUCACGGCACCUGUUGUGGUGGUGACUCGGUGCUUGUGAUGCAGGCAUUUUACUUCAUGGUGAUCGUUAUAACUCUUACAAUUGUUUUAUUAAUCGGCUCUCUUUAUGCAUUUCACAAUCAAGCAGACGUGGGUUAAUAUGAGAAGGUUUGAUGAACCCAAAGAGAUGAUAAGCAUUUGCUUGAAACAGAAAAUGCAUGGCAAGACAGGCACUCGUAAAAGAGCAAGCAGAUAUUGGUUGAGAUAACUACCAUGCCGUAGUGUGGGGUCCAGGCUUGUUGAUGUACCUGGGGCAUUUGUGUAGCCACAGGCUAGUGGCUAGUGGUUCUAGAUCUACUUUUCAUUAAUUAAUUCAAUACAUGAUUUGAGUAAGAACUCGCCUCCACUAAAGAGGGCAUCACAAUACUUUACAGUUUCAAUUAAGCAAAGGUAUUCCUACUCCGAGUCUUUCGGUGAAGUCACGUAGAUAGAAAAGUAAUAAAAAAUCACGACGUUUUGAUCGCAACACAAGCAAUCGUCCUCAGGUGAAAAAAUAUAGCAAGAGAGCUGCUGAAUCUGGGUGUUAUUAAGGCCUGAGAUGGGUGCAAGAGUAAGUGGGCGGGGUUAGAGAAGGAAGAUCGAGGGCACCCCAAAGCUGUUGGCCUGGCCAUUGUAUUGUGAGAGAUUAGCAUGUCAAUGUAGACACCGCCACAUCGAGGAAUGCAACUCAAGAGAGUCGGAAAUAACUGCUAACAUCGGCAGGU